UAGUUACACAGUUUAAGUGAUUACUUGUUUGAUAGACUUUUAGAGACAACUAAAGAAGUAUAUUCUGAUAAAACUAAGUGAGACUUAAUUAUGAAAAAAAGUAGUGAAACUAAUCAGACCAAAAAACAGUCGGGUAUGAGUGCCCCGCGAACGCCGUCCACUGAAUCAGCGGCAUCGGUGGCCGACCAGACAACCGGAAAGUAUACGACAACUAAUGGUAAAACAGCUGAAGCUGCAAAUGACAGUCAAAUGAUUAUAAGCUAUGGAGUCAAUGUCCACAACACAAUAGCCGUCGUAAUGGUGUGUACUCAACACAACACAAUGGCUUUAAAACAAAUUACUUCAUCGAAAGUCGGUCUAUGGCUUCCGUGGGCACCGGUCAUGAAAGGACAGACAUGGGCUGAAAGUCUUAAAGAAAUGAUGGAUCUGUUUGCCAAUCAAUUGAAAAGUUUUAAUGCAUUGAUUGUCAACAGUAAAUCUCUGGAUCUAAUACACGCAUCGAUUGUAGAGAUUCCUCAACAGAACGAUACUGUCAAACGGUUUACAUUCAAAGUGGAGGUCAAACACGAGUCUGAAUCAAACAAAUGUUUUGAUAACAGCAAUGAUUUUCAAUGGAUUUCAUGUCAAGAAAUGAGCAAAAUUAGUGAACUGUGGGGCGCAGAGCCGUCAUUAUUGGCCGCUAUUUUAACCGAUCCUACGAUAACUAUAUAUAAGUUUCAAGAAAUCACUGUUCGAGAAGUAAUGAAAUACUCGCCAAAAGACAAAGAGAGUACAACUCAGGAAGUGUUGGUCAAAGCGGCCGGUUUUAGUGAAAAAUAUAUCAAUAAACUGUUUGGUCAAUAUCUACAACAGUGCGCUCCGUCCACAAUGAUGGGUGAAAAGGCAUUCAUUGAUUAUAUGGCAAAGUUAGCCCUUCCAGGCAAAAGUGAGACGGCAUAUACUUUAAAUAUGAACAGUUUGUUUAGAUCAAUGGCCAGAAGCAAACAAUACAUAGUAUUCAAGGAUCUGUUAUUAGGACUGUGCGCUCUGGACACGAAUGUCCCGCAUAGCGGUCACACAGCUAUACUUCGGACCGAACAUAUCUACGCCUAUUACGCCAGCGAUUGGUCCAAAGGAUUGUCACGUCAAGAGAUGAAACAAAUGUGUACAGACAUUAGGCUCGCAAACAACAAUAUAGACAAUAAGGGUUUGGAUGAAGAGGUGAAGCAAUUGUAUCAAAUAAUUGCUAACAAAUCAAAGUAUUUCAAAGAAAAAGAUUUUAUCCAAUCUGUUGGCAGUAAGAAAAUUAGAGGAACCGCUAUCUUGUUUCGGUCAUCCAUUUCGCCCAUACAAGCGUUGCGCAACAAACAAGUGUACGACUCGUUGGCGUUGAAAAUGACAACACCUAAUACACAACAGCAACAACAGGAACAACAAGUGGUGGGCACUUGUCUCAGGUGUCGUCUAAAGAAAUACACAUUGGCUGUCCAUACGGUGCGACUAUCAAGUAGUGGAUUCAUUACUGAACCGCAAGAAAAUAAGAAUCAGACUGACAUCAAACGUAUGGAUAAAACAUUGAAACGGAUGUCCAACAGCUGUUUUACCGCUAUAACAGAAGCUAACAUUAUUAUAGACUCRAUAAGAACCUUUGGUCAGUACAAGUUCAACAUUAAUAGAACAGAUGGACAAAACAGUGGUCAAAGCGCAAGUGGUGCCAAAACUAAAGUUAGCGGAUCGGCUGAUAGUGAUAUUGAUUGGGGAAACCCUAGUGGAAGGACCAAAGUUUUAAAGAGAUUAUACAAAUUGUGUGAAUUGGCACAAGCAGUCUUUCAAAAGGAAAGUCGUGUCAUACGAGUGUCGUCACCGGUGUUUGUGUUGGGCGACAUUCACGGCAAUCUACACGACCUUAUGAUAUAUGAGCGCAGUCUAUGGAAAAUGGGACCGACAUGUGUGGCCUCUAGUUUUCUAUUUUUGGGCGAUUACGUGGACAGAGGCGAGUAUAGUAUUGAAUGCAUUACAUACCUACUGUGCCAUAAGGUUUUGUGUCCCGAAAAGUAUUAUAUGUUAAGAGGAAAUCACGAAUUGAGAUCAGUUAACCAAUCGUUUACAUUCAGGGCUGAGUGCAUCAAUAAGUUUGGCCAAACCGAAGGUCCGAAACUGUGGGAAGCCUUGAAUACUGUGUUUGACUAUAUGCCCAUCUGUGCCAUCAUUGACGAGAGUAUAUACUGCGCUCACGGAGGUAUACCUACGGAUGCGCUGAGAAUACAAGAGCUCAACUCUAUACCGAUGCCAUUGAGUGAACCGGAAAAUCAGUGUCAGACUGCGUGGCAGAUCCUGUGGAACGAUCCGGUCACCAAUCAGGAGUUCCGCGACUUUCAAGAGUUGUUACGUACACAACAAGGCAGUAGUGAACCGAAAGACGGUAAUCUGGGUUUCCUACCCAACAAAAAGCGAGGAACGGCUUACUAUUACUCGGAUGUCUCUCUCAACAGAUUUUUUGCAGCCAACCAAUUGAGUCAUGUUAUCCGUGCCCACGAAGUCAUACCAAAUGGUUACGCCUUUCAUAUGGGAGGCAAAUGUAUAACAGUGUUCAGUAGCAGUAAAUAUUGUAACGGUCUUAACGAGGCGGCAGUCAUUCUGGUCAACGACGAGAAGAUACGAGUCAUCAAAAUCGACACCAAUUGAAGAUACAGACAGUUAUUCAAAAAGAUAUCAAUUAUUUAACUCAUUUAUCUCUAAAAUAGUUUUUUUA